AUGUGUACGUGAGAAUAGUCAUUGAUCAAGAGAUACCGAUACACGACGUACUGUGAUUGUGCAACAAACAAAUACAUCUGCCACACAUCUUAGCGUUCAUUAUCAACGAUGUUUGACUGUUCGACUAACAAGCGGACGUUCGUCUUUGGAUCAGCAUCAUUCAUCAGUUGGGCUGUGACGUCGUUCCUGUGCCACCAGUCUACCUAUAUGUUCUUGGGGACAUCCGGCAAAUUCCUGGGUAAUGGGCUUGAUGGGUUCAUAUGGGCGAUCAUCAUCACACUAUGUCAGGUUACCAUGUGCUAUCUACUCACCGAUGUACAUCUCUGGGACCAACGUUCCACAAAGGCAAAGAAGAUAUUGUGGGUGAAAGUUGCCUGCCACGUGUUGGCCACCAUGGCUACUAACUACAGCAUGACGUUGGUACAUGCGUCGUCCACAUUCGCCAUAAAGCUCCUGGAACCGGUAACGAGUGCCAUUAUUCAGCGUCUGGUUUUAGGAACAUCUCUGCCACCCUACAUCUAUCUCAAUCUUCCUCUCAUCAUCUGUGGUGCUGUAGGAUUUUGUGGAAAUUCCUUUAAUACGUCCUUGACAGCUGCUGGCGUUGCCAUGGCCUUUACGUCCAAUAUAAUACUGGCCUUCAGAAACGUGGCCAUCAAACUGGAUCAGAAGGACACUUCCACUCAACAUGUCCAGCUGAGACCGAAGAUAUUGGUCAUCAGCAUUGCAGGUGUUUGUGUUUCACUGGCUGUUGGCACUAAAUACCUUGCUUCACAAAAACUUAUGUCGACCUCUUUCUCAUUCCUGGUUAAAACAGCAUUGUGCUCCAGCGUCUUCCACGUCAUCUACUCCUACAUCUCAACCAACGUCGUGCUGCUCUACAUGUCCGUUGUCAGCCACUCCGUCGCCAACAUCUUCAAGCGGAUCCUCGUUGUGCUGCUGCUUUACUCAGUCGGACAAAGGGAGGCAACGCUUGCUAACUUCUCCGGACUUGGCAUCUGUUCCCUUGGUUUGAUUAUCUAUGUCUUGGACAAGAAAGGAAACACCUAUUCCUCCAUUUUCUAUACACCAUCAAAGAUCAUCAGAACACGCAUCUUGGGACUUUGCUUUCUCUGUUUCUGUUUUAUCACUGUAAGAUACAAGUACGUCAACACAAACAAUGCCAUGAGUGAUGUAUAUCGAUAUUUCAUACCAGGGGGAAUUGCCAAAAGCAGUGUUCUCUUAGGGAAAUCAUUUGAAGGAAAGGCAUUUUCUAAGUAUAUCCAGGACUUUUCCACAAACGCCCUGAGCAUAAAUACGUCUAGUGUAGAAAGUUUUCUCAAAAGAAAGCUAAUCCUGAGUCCGAAAGAAACAGAUAUUCUCUCUCCAAGUCUUACAUCGUCCUUGGACAUCAUCAGAGAAGCACAGAGAGUUCAUUUCAACUUGUUUUCUGAUAUACUUUCUCCUUACAAACAAGCAAUACUAUUAGACAUCGCGUCUUUCGAAAACAAAGGUGACCCUGCUAUAACAACGGGCGAGGUGUAUCUUCUGAGACGCCUUGGUAUAAAACUUCUAUAUUACUGUAAUUAUUAUGCUUGUACGGACAAGAAUCUUGACUAUGCCAAGAACCUGACAACUAGAUACUCCCACAAUGACCUCGUUGUGUUAAUUCACGGAGGUGGGAACCUCGUUGGAUAUUCUGCAAAUGAUAAAUUACGAGAAAAAAUAUUCCAACGGUUUUCAAACUUUAAGAUGGUAUUGUUUCCCCAGAGCAUAUUUCUAAAAAAGAACUCAGAAAAACAACAUCUUGAAUUUUGUAAGAAAUUGUACCAAAAUCAAGGGAACUUCACCAUGGUACUUAGAGACAGACAAUCCUUAGGAUACGCGGAGACUUACUUCAAAGGUAAACCAAUACUGAUGAUGGCUCCAGACAUGGCCUUUCAGAUUGGCGCUGUUCCAAGAUUUAUCUCCCCUUCUUUUGAUAUUUUGUGGUUGAAGCGUUCAGACGACGAAACUCCCGGAUACAAAUUGCCCAAACUUCCCUUAGGGAUUACAGUGCACUGUUCAGAUUGGUGGGGUUGGAAAACACCGAAAGGACAUACAACUAUGGAAACUGCUUUCCUGAUGGCCAAUAAUGGGUUGAUAUUUCUGCAGCGUGGCCGUGUUGUCAUCACGGACAGAUUACACGGACAUAUUCUCAGCACUUUACUGGACAUUCCUCACGUGUUGAUUGACAACUCAUAUCGGAAGUUGUCGUCGUAUCACAACACAUGGACACGCGGUCUGGCUAACACGGUGAUUGCAGACAACGCCUCCCACGCCCUAGAACUGGCUGUGCAACUGUUGCAGAAAUAUGGCGACGUUCUGCCACCUAUUGCUCCGUAUAUGGAUGUGGUAGAGAAACGUACACCAUAAUCGGAGGCUACUUGAGAGUGUACCAGGCAUCAUCACUAUAAGAUGGUGAUUCAUGAACAAAAGCUAUUUAUAUAUACAUAAAGUCGGACUUGUUCAAUGGAAAACUUUGUCGCUUAUAUAUACUGAACCAAAUUAAAAACUUCACAAUCCUAAAAUUUUAACAUUUUGACCAGUUAUCAUUGUGGGCCCUUCUUGUGUAUUUAAACACUAAUGGCCACGUA